CAUUUUCGAAAAACAAGGGGCCUCUUCUUCUUCGUACCGCAGAUGUGUAGGCAGCACAGUAUCAGCAGAAAACAGCUGCUUCCUCCUUGUUAAUAUUAAUCAACAGUUUAGUUUAGCUCUUCUGUACAGUUACACAGAGCCACUGUGGAGGCUGGAUGUUUCUGUCGGUGAUGAUUGGAAUAAGGGACUCUGUUGGCGACUACUAACCGGAUUCUAACUAAAUGGUGUAUUUCCAGAUACUUGAAAUGGAUAUCAAAGCCAAAUUGCUGGAUUUUGUCUUCUUAAUGAUCUACAUGAGCCUUGUGUCAGGAGCCGAGGGCAUUCCUGGUCCUGCCAAAGUGAUGGUGAAUAUUUUGGAUGGCGAUGUAACACUACAUUGGGACACACCUGAAGAUGCACCUUCAAACUAUUACUACAAUGUGGAAAUGGCAAAGUACCAAGAUGACUGGGCCAUGUUGGCAAGUUGCACACGGAUUAAUGAUAACUACUGCAGCCUUAACAGUUUUAUAACUGAUUUUGAAUCUGGCUACAAGGUCAGAGUUCAGCUGGUAGCAGGGGGCGAUGAGUCUAUUUGGGUUCGUAAGAAAUUUCUCCUGAAUGAAAGCAAACUGCAACCUCCCUCCUUCACAUUGUGGGCUACAUUCAGCACUAUAAUCGUCUCUGUUCACCCAAAACCCAUUUUGAAGAAGAUUUUUCCUUUUGGUUUAAAGUACACCAUCUACCUAGAGGAGAAAGGACAAGAUAAUAAGAAUACCACGGCAUACUUGAAGGAUGACAUGGAAGAGGAUCAGAAGACUACUUUCACUUCUCUCCAUUGGGGUAAAGAGUACUGUGUCAGCGUCAAGUUAGAGGGCAGUGGAAAUCUCCCCACCAGCAGUGUUUCCAAAAAACAGUGUCUGCAGUUGCCAGAGCAAGAGUAUUACAUUAUUGCCGUAUUAUCCCUAUCAUUUGUGGGUGGGCUGGCAUUAAUUGCAGUCAUAGCAGUCUUCCUGCUGUGUUACCUGAAACGUCCAGAGAAAACACCUGCUGCAUUGAAAUCCCCUGCUAGUGGCUGGCUUCCACUCUAUGUUGAAGAUGGGACUGUGGAGGUGGUUACAGACAAAGGAUGGUUUCUGUCACCAUACAGAAAAGACAUGAAAGAUGGUGUGAAAGACCCAAUCAGUCAUCUUACAGUAACAGAGGACAAUGAAGAAGAGGAGAGGAGGACCAGCAUGGAUAGUGGGCUCAGUAUGGAGUCUAACUCAAACAUUGAAGAGAAUCCACCAACGAGACAAGAUGACAGUGGCUGUGGAAGCAUGGGAGGACCUGAAAGCACAACUAGCAGCCAAACAGAUUACCCACUUGAGAAUGAGCGGGCUGAUUCCAUUCGGAAAAGAGAGGACAGUGGGGUGGGUCUGGGCUGCCAGAUGAUUUCUUGCAUUAACCUGGAUGGGCAGGACAGUGGUCCUCUAAAAGAGUCUGCUGCUGGAGGCAACUAUCGCAGCCAGAGUCCUUCAGAUGUGCAGAUGCAAGCUUCUGAUGAUGAGGAAACAUUUAAACAGAUGCUUCCCGACUUGGUUUUGGCCGAGGUGGUCACGGGCUACAGAGCUGGGCCUCAGUCGUGUAUCUGUUCAGGAGCUGGUCAGUGCAUUUGGUGUCAUCAGCAAGGCCACGAUGAAACCAAAGUCAUCAAACAAUAUAGAAAAGUGUCUAUUGAAAAUGGACUACUUGUAAGCCAAUCUGAUUUAAUAGACUCUUACAAAGGAGAUGUUACACAUCCAGGUUACUCUAGAGAGAAACAAUCUGACACACACAUGAUGGAUGACUUAGAAUCAAUCUUUCCACUGAGGGAUUUUCCUCUGCUGACCUCUCUGUCCCCGCUGCCGUUAAUGAAGUGUGGGCAGGACUUCAAUAUGAACAAUGUGUCCCUUUCUCUCUGCGAUGUACAGCUGAAAAUUGACUGAUAAACUGUGAGAUGUGACAAAACACUUUAUUUAAAAAGAAAAAAAAAUCCUGCCACCGCAUGUUACAGUGCAAUACUGGAGCAAUAAACUCACAUUUUCUACUUAAUGAAACAGAAGCACUAGAGUGAGGUAAAAUGUUCCAGUGCCAGAAACU